AUGGCAUCCUUACAACAUCAUGGAACACAUCGACUGCUUGAUGGGGUAUUUUUAAAAAACAUUGCCAUCAAUGGACUGUUAAAAAGUGGUCAGAAACCAGGUGGGAAAGUCGCCACUCAAGUGUUAAAGCGAUUAGGUUUCAGCGUUUUGAAUGAAGUAAAUAUUGUUAGCAAAUCACUUCAAAAUCCACAAACUAAUUUAAAUACAUCUACAAAGUUACUUAAAGCUCUCCAAAUAUUCUUAACCGAGUACAGAAAUAAUGCGGCCAAAAGAGAAGCAUGUGAUUUAGCAAACAAUUAUAGUGGAUGGUGCAAUAAGUGCAAUAACAAAGCGAUUCGAUCAAAUACAUUUAAUGACGUUUUUGGAUUUUUGUAUGAUGUUGAAAAACUUUGUUAUGUCCCUGAUUUAGAAAUUUUAAAUUGCUGCAAAGAUUUGGAAAUACGUUUGUCAGAUAAUGACAAAAAAGAUUUAAAUGGUUAUGAUUUAUACGAAGAAAUAUUAAUUUUCCGCCAUUUAAUUGAUAAAAAUACUACACCACUUCAAGUACUUUCUGAAAUAAAAAAAACGAACGCAUUUCCCAACUUAAAUAUUGCCUUACGAAUUAUGUUGACAAUUCCGCUUACAUCAGCUGGAGCAGAAAGAACAUUCUCAAAAUUAAAACUUAUAAAAACUUAUUUACGAAGUACCAUGUCACAACAAAGACUUACUGGACUUGCUACAAUUUCUAUAGAAAAAGAACUUUCAGAACAACUAAAUUAUGAAGAUAUAAUAAAUGAUUUUGCAUCUAAAAAAGCUAGAAAAAUUAAAGAAUUAUAA